AUGGGGACCUGCUGCAGUAGCCAGUCCUCUCCAGAUGCCUUUGAGAUCGAGUCGCUGCCAGUGGAGCGGUUACGGGGGCUGGCAGAGGACAACGAGGUCAUUGUGGAUGCUUCGACCAUCACGGAAUUCGCCAAGCGCCUCUGGCCGGUGCUCAGCAAGCUGACCGAAGGCAUCUUUGUGAAUGAAGUGAUCCCGAAGGUGAACAAAGUGUUGCCGGGGAUGUUUAAUAUCAGCUUGCGCAGUUUCAGCAUUGGAGAAAAACCACCAAGGUUUGGACAGAUGAGGAUCAUCGAGACGCAAGGUAUUACCUCAGCCCAGGAUGUUUCGGACCGCCUGAGAACCAUUCUGCCCUUUGUUUGGGACUCGCAAGCACAAGUGGAUGCUGUGGUGGCUGGCUUCCGUGUGGGCGUUCAGAAAAUCCAAAUCAAGGCUGAAAUUCUGGUCGACUGGGGCCCAAUUCUGGACCAGUAUCCGAUUCUCAGUGGAGUUGGCAUCACAAUGCCUGACCCACCUACCAUCGACUUUGACCUCACUGGUGCCGCCAGCAUCGGGGAAUUGCCACCGAUCAGGUCUUCUAUCUUCAAAGCGAUCGACGGUGCAAUCUCGCGCGCCAUGGUGCUUCCGAAUCGCUUAGGCAUUCCUGCAGGACGGGAGCGCGGAGUGAAGCCCUGGGUGGUCACUGGGCCACCACCCAUUGGAUUGCUGAAAGUCAAGGUCAUCAGCGCGAAGAACCUGCCAAACGAGGACAUGAGCGGUCAAAGCGAUCCAUUUGUGGAGGUGAGGGUCGGCUAUCUGGGGAAGCAUUUCAAGUCCAAGGUGGUGGAUUCGUCCCUGAACCCAGUGUGGAACGAGAUGACCCAUGCCUACCCGGUCUACACGCUCUUCCAGAAGGUUCAUGCCUUUGUCUCAGACAGCGACUUCUGGACACCCAAUGAUGCCAUUGGUGGCUUGAAAGAUAUCUACAUCCAUGACAUUAUCCAUGUGACCGAACCAAAGGAGUUUGACCUCUACAAGAAGGAUGGCACGAAAGUUGAGAAUGCCAAGCUGACCUUGGCCUUCGAAUGGCGCGAACUGAAGCUGUCGGAACCUUCCGAGGUGAAGAUGGCCCGGGAGAGCAGCUUGAAAGAGGGCCCCACAGAUUUCCCGCACGUCAUCUCUGUGUUGAUCGACAAGGUCAUUGGAAAGCCCGAACUGCAGGAAGGCUUCAAGGUGGGUUGCGAGAUUCCACUGGACGAUGGCGAGGCCUUUGAGUUUGAGUCGUCCUAUGCCAAGAAGGAAGACAGCUACACGAGUCAGUUCAUCUACAAACGUGUACUGAAGAAGAUGGAUGAGAAGAAGAUUCCUAUCGCACAGCAAGCAGAAAUCACAGGUCUUACGAAGGAGCAGAUUGAACAGUUCAGGAAAGGCUUCAAAGUACAUGUUGUGCCUGAAUUUGAUAUUGGCAGCCAGAACCAUGCGGUUAUGAGUCUGGCAGAGAUUCAAUCCAAGAGUUUGAAACUGUCCCUCACGCAGGCUGGAAGGGUCAUUGACACCGUCGAGCUCCCCUUGGCGAAGCAGAUCGCAGAG